CUGGCAUUUCUGCUCCCACGCCUUUCCUUGUCACAUCCGUUUGUUGUGCGAGUCAAGUGUUGGUAGCAGAUGAUCGGCCUGGCAAACGGAAGAGGCGGUACUAAACCAGCGAAUGCGCAUUGUUACUCGGUACAGAACGAGUGGGGAAUGUUGAUGAUGAACAUUGGGCGCUUUCCCUUCCACCUUCGUUGUCAAUACCAGUUGUUAUAUCCUUUUCUUUUCUUUUCUUCUCUCUCUUUUUUUUUGUAUCUGAUUUUUGGACCGAGUUAAGGAAAGGGAAAAGGAAGUUCUUUCUUCACCUGCACUGAAUUUAUUCAAACAUGUACCUAGAGAGUGUCUACUUGCC